AUGAGACUGGAAGCAUUCGCUCCGCUGCACCUCUCAACCCCCACCUCGUUCCCCGUCCUUCCCCCCUCCAACUCCCCACAGCUCAUCCGCCGCGGCUCUGCUUUUGACUUCGCACAUCGCUCCCACGCCAUGAGGCUCGAAGCAUUCGCUCCCCUGCGCCUGCCAAGGCAGCAUGCAGUGAGCGACGCCCAGCCGCUGCCCUCCCUGGUCGGGCUGCAUGUGGUGGAGGUGACAGCUGCUGCUGCUGCUGGGACUUACACGGAAACUGCUGCUGCACUCAGCUCAUUCGCUGACCUCAUUGCCCCUUUGGUUCGUCUUUCAAAGCCCACCAUCUCUGCUGGUCUCUCGCCUGCUGCUGCUUCAACUGCUGCUGCCGUUUGCCCUGCCUAG